AGUAAACGACUGUAGACAACAAAAUGAGAUUUACAAAUCUAGCAGCAACUUGUGUCUUGGUAACAUUGGUCCAAGGUGCUCCGAUUGUUCCAUCGAAAGAUGCAAAGCCGGAGAGCGAUAUGGCGUUGUAUGAUAGACUUUUCAAAAAAGUUUACGACUCUCUUUCUUCUGUCCUUGAACCAGAAACCAAGCCAACAAAGCUUACAAAAGGAGACUCUAAAAGGCAUCACAGAAGUUCUAAAAGUCACAAUCGCCCUGUCGUGACGAAGAGUGAUAGUGAUGAAGAAGAAAAAGAGGUUGGUGAUUGCUCCGAAGGUGAAGAAUUCAAGUUUGGCAAUGCCAGAUAUUGGAAGGAUCAUCACUCCUCAUAUCGUGGAAAGCAGAUCCAUCCUUCUCUAUUCAACAAGAAGCAACAUCAUAGAUUUGAACCUUUGAGAGGACCUGCAGGGCCAUCAAGACCUUCGAAGAGAAGAGAAAUGCAAAGAAGACCUCAUUUCCCUUCAAGAUAUGACGAGGAUGAUGAAGAAAAUGGUCCAGAUUCAGAUUUUGGUUCUAGCUCCGACUCCGAUUUUGACUCUGACUGCGACUCCGACUCCGAUUCCGAUUUCGACUCUGACUGUGACGAGGAAUGUGCAGAGGACUGGGAUGAAGACUUUGACGAGGACUGUGGUGAGUGCGGUGAAAAUGAAGACCCUGAUGAAGAUGACGAUGAGGACUGUGAUGAAGACGACGAUGAGGACAACAACGAAGACAACGAAGACAACGAAGGCUGCGUUGAAUGCGAAGAUGAAGGCUCUGAUGAAGGUUCCGACUCAGACUGUGAUGAAGAUGAAGGCCCUGAAGACUUUGAUUUCAACCACUGGAGAAAAGCUGGCAGGGAGAGAAAGCAUCACUGGAACAAAAUCAGUAGGGAAAGAAAGCAAAUGUCCCAUCCACGUUCAGAUGACCCAGUAGUUGUUUAUCAGCAAGAAACUGUUGAUGCUGAAUCAGAAGGAGUUCUUGAAGAAAGAGAGUUUGAGGGUUGUGCUUUAAUCUAGGCCUGAUACACACUGCUACCAAUUAAUUUUUUAUGUCUGAAGAGAAAAAUGUUGCCUCGAGCUACAAUUACAUGGCAAAACGUGAUGAAAUCCUUGUUUUCUUAUUUUUGCGUUCUUUUUAACGAGAAUCCAGGCCGUUAGUAUGAUGAUUGGUUGGGACUGAUUAUGGACGAUAUAGUUUCCAAUUUUUUUCUACGGUUUUCGUAGUUUCGAAUGCUCCAAAAAGCCCAACCAGGUCACUGUUUCAUUUUCUUAAUUUUUUUUGUAUACGCUAAUACUUUUUUUAUAGCCAUGUGAAGUUUCGACAAAGGUAUGCUCAAGGAAUAGCCCCUCUUUACCUGGAGUGUAAUGUAAGCAUGAUGC